GAGUCUUGUGACUGGCCUCGUACAGCAGGGAGCUGAGCACAUUUGCAGCCAGUCUCUUGUAGUUUGGGGUUCGCUCUGGGGGGCUGCGAGGAGGCGCACACUGUCCUCUAUCAUACAGGUGAUCCGAGAGGGGCACGGGAGCUGCAGCUCUCCCCGUCAGUCCUGUAAAGUUGGGCGCACGCCCCGGACACAGCGCUCUCCGCUCCGAAUUAUACAAUUCAUUGUUAGUGGAGUAACGAACUUAACUGCCCCAGAAGCCCACCUCUGCCACUUACCUCCCAGGGAGACAGGAUGGACAACAAGCCCCUCCUGGACCGACCCCCAGCCUACAGCCCGCCGGUGCAUGGGGUGUACGAGCACGGGCAGCAAAACUAUGGGACUAUACCGGGUGCCCCCGCAGCACCUCCCGGAUACCACCCUCCUCCUUUACCCUACGCCACUGGCACGGGAUUUGUUGCUCCGUCGCAGUCUACCUACCCCAGCACUUACACGAUAAUCCAACAGCCCGCGGCUACUACUACGUCUGUUGUGGUGGUCGGAGGGUGCCCUGCCUGCAGGGUGGGUGUUUUGGAGGACUCGUUUACCUGUCUGGGAUUAUUUUGUGCCAUAUUCUUCUUUCCCCUCGGGAUCCUGUUCUGCUUCAUGUUACGGCAGCGGAGAUGUCCCAACUGCGGGGCUACUUUUGGCUAAGAGGAGAGGGUGAAAUCGUGGCUCGGGGCGAUUUAUACCGUACGCUUCAGUUUUCUCCUGUAAAUCUCAUUCAGUGCACAAUCCUUCUCUUUGAUUAAAUAGCAUAUUUGUAUCGGGUGCGUUAUUACAUUCUUUUUAUAUAUGAAUAUAAUUUUCUUUCCGCAUGGGGGAAAUCUCUGUGCCAUAGAUGAAUAGGGGGCUGCGAAGCCCCCCACAUAUUGGUGCCUUUUCAGACUGCAACAAAAUUUCCUCUAUAUAAAGAAGACGCUGGGCCCUUGAUUUAGUUGAUCCGUGUCUUAUAGCACCACUUCGGGGGGGGGGGGGUUCUUAUACAGUAAGCACUGUGAAAAUAUUAAGCGAUCAUUCUAAAGAACAAAUAUUUUUCCCUGUAUACGUUAUACAUAUUAAAACCACUGUCACUAUGUACAAAGUAAGUAUAGCUUUGUGUCUUUUUGUAUGUAUAUUAACCUGUAUCGUUUCAGGUGUUGAAAGAGAUAAUUCCCGUUCCGGUAAUACCUUUUGCUUGUGUUGUCUGUGUAAUAAAGUUUUGUCGUUUUGAUUUACGGACAUUUAAAUAGC